AUGACAAGCCACAACGUCGGUGCGCUUUUGGUGAUGAGGCCAGACACGAGCGGGACGAUCGCGGGAAUUGUUACCGAAAGAGAUUACCUCAGGAAAAUCAUUGUACAGGGUCGGUCCUCGAAGACCACAAAAGUUGGCGACAUCAUGACUGACGAGGGACAGAAGAUGAAGGGAAUGCUGAGCAUUGGCGAUGUGGUUGCUGCUGUUGUGGAGGAGCAUCGGGAGGAGGUGAAGCGGUUGAGUGAAUACAUCAAAGGCUCCUACUAA